AUGACCAACGAGAAUCCGAAUAUGCGGCGAAUGCCACCUCCGCAAGUUCCCCAUCUCGAGCCCGAGCUCUUGCAUAAUGGAAUGGCGCGAGCCUACGACGGCGGGUCCAACGUCAACCGGAUUCAACCCCUGGAUGCGAUAAAUACUCAGUUCAAAAGGCUUAGUAUUGACCCUACGCUAGUUCACGAUGCGACUCUGGGAAACCUAAACCGGGAUCCAUUGUUCCGUAACCAUACUCCUUUCAGCGACGAGGAAGAUAGCUACAAUGAAGAGGAAGAGGAAGAAGACGAAGACGAACCCUACCAAGGGUGGUCCCUAUAUCGGGCAAAGCCCACUGCUGCUGGCCAGGAGCCGGAUUGGUCUCGAGUAACCAAAUCGCGAAUGAAUCUAUCCCAAGGAGAUCUGGAUAAACUCGUCAAAGAACAAAAAAAAGGCUUCGUCGCAAAGACCUAUAGCAGCCUCGGCCGGCUAAAGCGAAAGCAGAUUGACGAUUUAAUUGAGGAACUUAAAAGGAAAGACAGUCGGUUCAAUUGGGCCGUUGUUUAUAUCCAAGCCAUCACGAAGGAUACCGGGCGUCGAGGUUUUACUGUGACCUAUGUCACUAUCACAAUUAACCUGGUCCUGGAAAAGACUCUCAAACCUGGAGUCUCAUCCCCUCGGAAACCGUCUGCUCGUUUUAAGAACGAUACCGCAUUCGAGCUCAGAAGAAAUGGACGAGGACUCUCUCCUAUCCAGGGAUCCCACCCCCAGAACACUCAUCCUUCCUUACCCCCGGCUGCGCGAACGAACCCGGUACAUAUGGCACAAACAGACCCUCGUCCGCAACAUCCACAGCAACAUCAACCGCCGCCGCUCCCGCCUCCGCAACUGCUUCCGCAACCGCAUCCUCAAUCUCAUUCCCAGCCGCCCCGGCAAGUUCAUCCUUCACCCCAUCCACAGCCUCAACCCCAAACUCUUCCGCAAAUGCACCCUCAGCCGCAUCCUCCACCACAUCCGCAGGCUCAAUUCCAACCUCCCCCACAAAUGCACUCCCCGCCGCAUCCUCCACCACAUCCGCAGGCUCAAUUCCAACCUCCCCCACAAAUGCACUCCCCACCGCAUCCUCCGCCCGAUUCGCAGACUCAACCCCGGCCUCUCCCACAAAUACAGCCUCAACCUCAUCCACACCCCCAUCCGCAAUCACGCCAACAGCUUCCUGAACGACUACCCGCCAACAGCGGUGGAUUUCCUCCAAUGCAUCCACCUGCACAAAACCAGCUUCCACCCGGAGUUCAGGUAAUCAACGGACCUCCACCACAGCCUCGUUUGCAUAUUCCGCCACCAGCCAUGGUUCCCCCUCCAUCCAAACAAAGGCCUAUCCAUCAACAAUCUGGGAAAGGACAUUCAGCGCAAACGAAACAAAUUCAGCCAACUUCUCAGAUAAUUCACCUGGGAACGAAAAGCCCUUUCAAGGAAAAGCGUGCCAUCGAUCAGUGGCACGAUGCAGAGAGCAGUAACGGAGAUAACGACUCUGACCUUUUCGAGCUUGCUUAUGAUUCUUCUGAGACGGAUGAUUCCUUUUUGCCCAAUGAUUUUGAGCAAAAAGAUUAUAAGCACUACCGAUCACGCCAUACGUCUAGAGGCAGGCGUGAGCGGGAAAUCGCUUAUCGCACUCACCGUCGUCCCAACGCCAAUUACCCUGUUAGCCCGCGGCGACGAGACAGCCAGUAUAGCCAUGGCGAAGUUGAUCUUAUUCUAGCGAAAAGUUCCCAUCGUGGACAGCUCGUCCGUUCCGCGUCGGUCUCGCACGCUGCCCGCCCACCGUUGAAGUUAGUUCAUGCCAGCCGGAGUCCACGGACUCGCCUUCCUCCUCCCAGUCUAUCUUCUUUUCACUAUCCCAGCUUAACAAAUGAUAUUGUCGUUCCAAAGAAAUGGGAACUGGAGGGAUUGGAGCGUCAGAAAGAGAUUAACGAUUACGUAUGGAGAAAGCGUCUCGAACAAAUGGAGGACGACCUUAAACGUCGUGAGCGCAAUAUUGAAAGACGCGAAAUGAGGGUUGGUCAUUUUGACCUACCUGAACGAUCGCCAAUCCUUGAUUCAUACGAUCGGCUUGAUCGGAUGGAGCGACUAGACCGGGAACGUCGUCCUAUAGUGGAACCUCCUCGUCGACGAGACUCAUUCCACUAUGGAGGCCGGCUAUUUCGGUAA